GUUGUGGAAUAGACACAAAAUGGUUGAUGCUAUUUGUGUUAUUAUGGUAUUCCAUGUUCUCAUAUCCGAAGUAGCACUAACUAAUUCACCUGGGAACGGAACUUGUGGCACGUCAGUAGAUGGAUUCAAAUGCUGCACGGAUUAUAUAAGAAAUGGCAGUAGAUGUGUUCCAUGUAUAGGAUCAUUCGGACUUGGGUGCAAUACAACAUGUCAUCCUGGGUACUAUGGAUUUGGGUGUAAGAAGAAAUGUGAAUGCGAGCAGUGCGACAAACUAAAUGGAUCGUGCAUAGGCCAUACACAAGCUCACUUAUUCAACCAAAAGUGCUAUGGACCGAGGCACAGUAUGCUAUUACAGAAAUUUCCUGAACAUGCGAAAUGUCAAAGGACACGUGUAUAAUGCAUACCGAGCGUACAAGAUGUUGUAUUAUGUGAUCCUGGAUGCCAUCUGUUUGCUGCUUUUUCUACAUCACAUGGGUGUUCCAGACAUUUACCAAGAAAUGGAUCCGCCGUCCAACUUUGCAGUAUUGUCAAACAGAGAAAAGAUAAGAGUACAUUGAUUCAGUGAGUGAAAACAUUUUGAGGAAACAUUUCUUCGACAACACUAAUGACAUAUUCUAAAAUGUUCGAGAUACUGUGUGUGAUCCACAGCAUCCUGAAAACUAUUGGAUAUCAACACGAGAGGAAGGGAGAUUUAAGUGCCUCCACUGUGAUAAAACCUAUGUGCACGUUGUCUCAUUGCAAACUCAUUAACAAAAAAUCCAUGAUGUUCAUAUUGCCAAACCAUCGAAAAAACCAAAAAAUAUAAACCAAGACCAAAUGCAGGAUUACCUGAUGAUGAUUUUCAAACUUGUAAUUUUGCACAAGAAUUUGGAUACUUCUGUGGAUAUGGGGGAUGGUGAGAGGGCUGAGCGAUCCGCAAAAUAUAAACUACCUGUAUACCAUCAUACUAACAAAGUGAAGUAAGCUAUUGGUUCUAUUCAUUUAAUAUCUCUAACAUCUGACAUUCUCUGUGAUAAUCAAAAGGGACGCCUAAUUGCCAAUCGCUAUGUCAAUUUGCAAGGAGGAAAGAACAAUGUGUCCUUAGAUGAAUACCUUGAGAUGUAGAAUAGAGAUAGUAAAAUUGCCCGCUCUGGUCACAAAACAAAGGAGAGUAUCCCUGUCCACUCAAAGGAAUAUCCUCAUUUACAUGUAAUAGACUUAGUCGGCCAUUUUGACAGUAUUACUGAGAUCAGAAAGAGAAAGGGCUUUCAUCACAUUCCCAGUUACAAGGGUGAUGUAUUAAAGGUCUUCAAAGAUUUACAGGAAGCACAUGUGAUGACCCUCAUUCCAAAGCGUACAUUUAAGUGUCAAGGUUUCACAGUGGAUAGGAACCCCUUCCAGAAUUCAUUUGUUUGAUUAUCAACUGUGAUACACCGACAUCAUCCAAUACAACUUUUCAUGCGACUAAGAGACUCACAUGUUUAAAUUGAAAACUAAUAUGACACAGUGCUAAGUUUGUGUAUGUUAUCAGUACUUUUGUAUGGCAACUUUCUGUUUGUUCCUUUAAAUGCUAAGUUCAAUCACCCUAUGUUGUACAUCAUUUAUUGUAUAGAAACAAAGUAGUAAAACACAAUUAUAACAAACUUGCAGGAUCAGUGAAGAACAAUUAAUUAAAACCAAACCUUGUCGCAAAUUUCCUCUUAUAGGGGAAUAAAUUAAACAGCUCGUCAUA